AUGGACUUGCUGCUACUGCUUUUCAGCACGAUACUCGUCGGCUUCGGGGCGUUGGUGCAGGUUCUGAUAGGUUGUGGCAAGAAGGUAAGGUUUUAGACAGUUUCCGCGGCGGUCUUGUGAUUUUCGGGGAUUGAAGAGUUUUUGAUGUUGUUUUAGGUUUUUGUUGAUGUUACUGGAUUGUUUUUUAAAAGUUUUAAGCUGUAAAAUAAAGGAAAGACUUUUGUGGUGCUGAGGAUUCAAAAAUUUUUUAAAAUUGGACAAUUGUAAACAAAGUUAUUGCGGUUUGAAGCGAACACGCUCUAAAAUUUUGAUUUUUAUGCAUGGGCUAAAGAAAAUCGUUUUUAAUAAACCUUGCUAUUAUUGUCUUGGGGGUUUCUCUACGGGCGAAAUUGAGGUGUAAAGAAAGUUUUUGCAGCGUUUUUAAGUAUGUUUUGAUUGCUGGUGAUAAAGCAUGGUUUUAGGUAUCUAAAUAUUUAAAAUUGUAAAAAUCGACCGGUCAGCCCAAAAGUUAUGACGGUUUUUGUGGGUUGCACUACCUUUUUUUGUCUUUUUUGGCUGUGUUUGUCGUUUUUUUACAAUUUAUGACAUUUUAAAUGAUUAAGUUCUUGAUAGGUAAGAGGGCACUUUUUUAUAAUCAGGGCAUGGUACUUUAUGCUGCAAAUUUCAGAAAAAGAAGGCAGCAACGGAAGCCGGUGAUGAGGAAGGUGGAGAUGAAGAGAAAUCCAAGUCUUCAAAACCCGGAUCCAAGAAGGAAGCGGCAGCAGCAGGAGGCGGAGCUGGUGGAGCACCACCACCGAAUGCACCACGACCACCAGCUCAAGGUGGUAUGGCUGGUACACACGACCCCAACUAUCAGGUAGGGCAUGGGUUUUGGUUUUUUAAAAUUUUUUUUGAAAUUUUGAAAAAAGCCCACAGGGGGGAAACAAGUUCAAAUUUUUGAACUUUUGAAAUUUUUGAAAUUAAAAAUUUUCUUUUUAAUUUUAAAAUUUCAAAUUUUUAGACACUUGCUGGCGUGGGUGGAGACUGUUUCGCGGACAAGGGCGGAGCCGGUGGUGGAGCCGCGCCGGCAGCACCAGCUGGCGGAGGACCAAAACCACCAGCUGCUGGUGGAAUGGCUGGUACACACGAUCCGAACUAUCAGGUAGGGCAUGUUUUUUCAUUCGUUUAAGUUUUUUUUUAAUUUAAAAAAAACAUGAAUUUUUUGAAAAUUUUGGUACUUAAAAUACUAAAAAAUGGAUUUUUGUUACCUAAAAUAUUAAAAACUUGUGGUUUUGUUACCUAAAAUAUUAAAAAAUGAUGUUUUUGUUACCUAAAAUACCAAGAAGUUGUGUUUUUGUUACCUAAAAUACUAUAAAAUCGUCAAUUUGUUACCUAAUUGUUACGUUUUAGACUCUGGCUGGCGUUGGCGGAGACUGCUUCCAAGACAAGGGCGGAGCUGGCGGCGGAGGUGGUGGAGCCGCCCCAGCUGCUGGUGGCGCUGGACCAAAAGCACCCGCUCAAGGUGGUGUAGCUGGAACUCAUGAUCCCAACUAUCAGGUGGGGGAUUUUUUGAGAUUUUUUUUCGAAAAAAAAAAUUUAAAAAAUUCGAAAUUUGACCUCAUGACAAUCCUUUUUAGACCCUAGCCGGCGUGGGCGGCGACUGCUUCGGCGCGGACAAGAAGGGCGGCGGAGGUGGCGGCGGUGGUGCAGCACCAUCAGCACCAAAACCCCCGGCUCAAGGCGGCGUUGCCGGCACACACGACCCCAACUACCAAACCCUGGCUGGAGUCGGCGGAGAUUGUUUUAAGAAGUAG